AUGGCCCGUGUUAUUUAUACACCCAACUCCGGCUCAACUCCCAUUAUGUCCCGAACUCCCUCUCCCACCACGGCCUCUCCCAGCAUGGCCUCUCCCACCGACGUCCGUGUUCCUUGCACACUCAACACCAACCUCCUCCACUGUCCAUGCUGCGAAAAGGCACGCCAGGAAACUACACGGAUCCGUACUGACUUCGAAAGAAUACGAAGCGAGGCAAUCCAGGCUUCCAAAGCCAAAGACAGUCAAGCCCGCCGCCAUUCCAAACCUGGCUCGAAGGACGGAACAGGCAUACCUUCAAAACUCCUAAUCUGCCUCGCGUUGCUGUUAGCAUAUAACUGUGUCCUCGAGCUUCACCUUUUCUUCGAAUCCUGGGCUUUCGAUUUCCUGCUGGGCGUUUUGGUGGUUUCUGUCGUGGUUGCGCAUCUGUGGAUCAAACUUGCACGUCGCGUGUCCGGUAGAUUGGAGCGUGCUGGCUUUCGCUUUGUUUGA